AUGCUCGUCGAACGGUUGAUACAUACCGACUGGCCCGUCUGGGCCUGCAAGCCUCCUCCACACCUGGUUGGACCAGAGGUUGUUGCAAAGAAUAGAAAUCGGUCUGCGCUUCAGCCCUCUGGCUCCUUCUCAAUCGCUCGUCCGUGUUGGCACAAUCUAAUCUCACUCCUGCUUUUCCAGCCCUCAGCCUUCAGCCAUGGCUCCGUGUUCGGUUGGCCCUGCAUCCUUCCCUGGCGAUCGUCGGGCAAUGCUGGCGACGAGCCGCCGUCUGGUCCUUAUUCUUACAGCGGCUGGCCGACACCUCUUACCUCCAGCAACCAGCCGUCUCCUAGUCGUCGAGAGCAUGCUGUACAGCCCCCUCCUCUGACAACGUCGUUGGGUGGUCAUCAAUUCCAAGGGCUUGGACUCGCGCUGGGAUCGGGCUACAGUUCCACCCCUCUUUCGUCGACUUCACUGUCUAGUCCUUUCACGCAAGGCCAGUCUCCCGCCGUAGGCUCGCCUGGAGGGGCGGCAAUCGGAUCGUCACCAAUGGCUUCUAGACAAUACAAUGUGCCUUACAAUCCUCAGGAUUGGGGCCCAGUGGGAAGUGGUUCGAUGAAUGCUGGCCAAGCUACAUAUACACCACCGAAUAACAUGCUGCGGAUCGUCUCUCAGCCACGGUCAACAGGACCACACUCAGAUGUAUCUUUGUCGCCGCCUCCACCACCAUACUCUCCACCAAGCCAGCAACAUCAGAGAGAAAAUGUCAGUCAGAAUACAUCCUCAAGGGGCUCUACAUCACCCAGUAUGAGCUCCUCAUAUAAUGGGGCGGUGCGUGCAGGUGGGGAUGCUCCCUCAGAGUAUCGACAGCGCCGCCUUCCCCGUACUCGCCCUCUGUCGAUGUUCGUGGGAAGUGAGUCGAGCCACAAUCGACGUGUCUCGCUACCACCACCUCCGCCGCUGCCACCAGGCCUUUCAUCUAGGUCUUCAUCCCAGAAUAGGUCAGAGACCUAUCGAGAACCCGCACCAGUUAUGGCAGGGCCAGGGCCGCACAUUGUGGUCUCGCCUGAUAAUCUCCACUCGACACAAUUGAGCGACGAUAGCAACAUGCUUGAGCCCACUCAACCCUUUGAUACGGAUCGGCCUCCAGCUGCGAGAAGGGCCGUAUCUGCUGGACCGGCCGUCAACAGUGCGAGUUCAUCACGAGCUCAUAGUCAGUCUGGAGCCCGAUCCCCUCCAGGAAGUAGUUGGGAACCGGGAAUGCCCCUUCCUCCACCCCCACCAGGACCGCCACCAGCCACAAGGUCACAGAGUGUGAAUGGUCUCUCUGACUCGUCGUCAUCCCGGAACUCGCAAGGCCCUGCUAGGAGUGGCAGGGCACGGCCGCCUCCAGUUUUAGGCACAGGUUUAGACAGCAUUCCGCCAACACCAGCUGGAUGGGUCGAUGAAACAAUCGAUGUUAAACCCAGAGCAGACAGACAACCACUAACUAUUGACACGGCAACUACAACCAAUAUGAGCGGCCCGGAAUCUCUCGAGUCGUCUCGCGCAAGUCAUAAUCCCAAUAGUGGUGGUCUGUUUCGCAGCCCAGCUAUCAAAGACCCAAAUGCUAAAGGCAUCCGCGAAAGGAGGAUUGAACGCCGGAACAGGCAAAGCCAGGUGCUUGACAGCCUCAGUGCUGUCUCCAUGAGCAGCAACCCCUGGGCUGAAGCUCUCGAACAAUUGAAACCCUCCAACUUAGUCUUGGGAGAAUCGAGCGUGGAUACGGACAACGGCAGAAACCCGGCCUCGGCCAAAGCCGCACCUCUCAGCACUCGCAGUAUAUCUUCUGAUGGACCGCAGAUUACAUCACGAUCUAGAGCAUCUUCUGGGGGUCUGUUUUCGAACCGGUCUUGUUCCACCCCCAAGCCUGAGCCGAGUCCUCAAGUGCCGACCUCAACCUCGCGGUUUGCGCAAACGCCGCCGUUUUCACCGGGCACAGAAAGGUCGUCUGCAUUCCCCAAACGUACUUCGCCAGCACUACCACCCAAAGCCCUGCCAACGCCACCUCUGCAAUCCGGGUCAGAAACCACACCGUCUCGGCCUGGCUCCAAGGAAGAACGACCGGUCUCACAUAUACUACACCUUCCUAACGAGCCCGUGACUACAGUCUCACCCCUAGCCCCACGUCGCGUGUCGGCCCAGCAGAAUCCCUCUCUCGACUCUGUCGUUAACCGCGAUGACGAAUUUGUCCGGAACGCUAUACAGAGACAUCGGGAAUUCAUCGAGAAGGAGGCCGGCACAAUGGACGAGAAAGAGGCAUUGCGGUUGUUCGCCGACUUCAUCAUCUCUGAGUCCCAGAUCCGGCGUGAGAAGUAUGCAAAAGUAUGGGAUCUGGAUUUUUAUGAUGUUGACAGUGUACGCCUUAAAUUGUUUGUCUGCCCUCCCAAACCAGCGCCGGUGCCACAGAAUAGCCAAGUAGUACCAGGUCCAUCUUCGAGGUGGGCGUCUAAUCCUACGGCACCUAAGCUAAGUAUACCCCAGGUACGUCCUGAAUCGGCCUGGUGGAAUAAUUACCAACCAUGCCUCUCGCCAAUUGCAAGUCUUGGGUUGAGCAAUGACGAGAUGAGCUCGAGGGGACGGGCGCCUAGUCGAUGGUGGGAGUCUAAAACUGGAUCUAGCAGUGAAGGGGGAGAACGAAGAGUGCAAAGGUCAAAGAGGGAGACCAAAUAUAUGGGAUUAUCACGUGGGGCCCUGCUAUGGGAGGAAAGUCAAGGCUCGUCUGACACAGGGAAUGCCGGCGCGUCGAAUGGAGGAAACCAGUACGCUGCAUAUGGUCCUGAUGAAUACCCACCCGAAAAGGUAGGGUGGCACGAGGAGUCUGCCCCAGCAGACUACUCCAACAAUCUCCGCCUUGGAUCUACUAGGCGGCUUGAAGAAGUGCAGAGGAUGGAUGUCUCGAGACUAAUCACCUUACCGCCGCCGUAUCCCAGACACUAUCCCGCGGUCAACAACAGCCACCCCGACCUCGUGACUUAUCGGACGUUGGUGCGAUCAAUUACAGACUUGUCGGAGAUCAAGUCCACCAGGCAGCGGCACCAAACCGAGAUGGAUGGGCUGUUCCAGGAUCACCAGGCACGAAUUCAAGAAGGACGACGGCAAUUCAAGGCCAAUAUCCAGAGUCAAAUCCAACAAGGCAGUAUCACAUUCGCAGAAGCGGCGGAAGCAGAAGCCGCAUUAAUUGUGGAGGAAAACCAACUCGAAAGAGAUUUGAUCAAGGGCGGGCUGGAUAGAUACCAAGAAACAGUUUUUAAGCCAAUGCGAGCGAUUCUUGCAGACAGGGUUGACAGGGCUACUGCUUGCAUUGACGAGCUACGUGGCAGGCUGUUUGACGACGCGCGAUCCGAGACCCCAGAUCAAACCCAGGAAGAAGGUGAUGAGAAGCCAGAGCUCCUGGAGAAGCUCACACAACUCAAAUGGUUGUUUGAAGCGCGCGAGCAAUUGCACCGCGAGGUAUUCGAUCUGAUCAGCGAGCGCGACGAAAAGUACAGAGCGGUGGUCCUACUACCCUAUAAGCAAGCAUCCAACGAGGACAAAGUAUGCGAGACCAAUGAGUUCUUUGUCAAGGACGCCUUGGAUCGCCGAGUGGAGUACGAGGCCAAUGCCCUAGCACGUCUCGAAUCCUUUUUAGAUGUGAUCGAGGGCAAUGUAGCGCGAGGGGUGGAGAUACAGCUGUCGGCGUUCUGGGAUAUUGCACCGUCGCUGUCAGAGUUGGUGCAACAGAUCCCUGAGACGCUCCGUGGCUUUACUGUGCAGAUUCCGGCCAACGAAUACGACGAGAAUCCGAGUUACCGGGCACAUCCGCUGCAGUACCUAUAUACGCUCGUAUCUCACGCGGAAAAAUCCAGCUACCAAUACAUCGAGUCGCAGAUCAACCUUUUUUGCCUACUGCACGAGGUCAAGUCCGCUGUUAUGAGGGCCAGCUGCAACCUUAUGGAGGCAGAACGAAUCCGCUUGGGCGAGUCCGAGAGCAAGGUGCAGCAGGAAAUGCAGGAAACCCGUACGGAUGAAGAGCGCACCUUGACAAGCGAUCUGAAAGACAAGGUAGCUACCGUGGAGGGCCAGUGGGCGGAAGCCCUGGGAAGUGGGAUCCAGCGUCUACGCGAACGAGUGAAAGAGCAGCUAAUGGUUGAAGAUGGAUGGGAGGAUUUGGAGCAAUUGGAGCAGGCAUGA